CGUCGGGACGGACGAGGAGCUUGGAAACAAGAAGGAGUUCGCCUUGCUAACCCGGAUGUCAUACACCAUGAAUGGCUUCGCCCGCUUCUACAUCGAGGUGGUCAAGUACUUCGGAUGGUCAGACAUAGCCAAUAUCUAUGACGCAAACGAUUACCGAAGCAAUCUGUUUGGGACCAGUUUUCAGGCGGCGCGGAAAGCCUACGAAACGGUGAUGGUUGCGCGGCCCCGCCGGCCGGAAGACCUGCAGUUCGCGUGGUUCGAGGCGGAAGUGAAGCGUCGCGCUAUGACCGAGUACAACUUCAUGUGGGAAAAAGACCACGAGGUGUCCCCAAUGAACAUAGGCCUGUACGAUUCCUUCAUACUGUAUGCGCUUGCGCUAAAUGAGACUAUCGCGGCAGGCGAGAAUCCUCGUGACGGGCAGAGAGUUGUUAAUCGGAUGUGGAACAGAACCCUUGUUGGAAUCGGCGGACCAUUUUAUAUAAAUCCAAACGGUGACCGAGUGGUUGAUUUUACCUUACUCGACAUGGUCCCAGGAACAGGACAAUUCAAGGCUGAUACCGGAAGUUCCGAUACACUGGCCAGUGAGCGGCAGUAUUCCUCCAAACCGACCCGCGUGUGGCUUUCGCGGAGAACUCUGCGUCACUUUCUGCGAGUAAAAGCGGAAGCGGAUAUCCCGAGUAACUGGUGGCGCGUGCGCAGUGAGGACAUACAUGUGACCAUACAGAUGCCAUCAGUAAUGUCCAGCACUCGUCGGGGAACAGUUGUGCAUGUCAGAAAGCUGAUGGUGAAGACAGUUCCCAUAGACCGAGCACUGUUACUAGAGAUCAAACAGAUGCGUGAGAUCACCUGUCCAAAUCUGACUCAUUUCUUUGGAGUCUGUCCGGAAACAGGCAAGAUGUGUGUGCUGACCGAGUUCUGUGCAAGGGGUCAUCUCCAGGAUAUUCUUCAAAAUGACGCCAUGAAGUUGGACUGGGACUUCAAACUGUCGCUGAUUCAGGAUAUCGUGGAGGGUAUGACGUACCUUCACGCUAGCAGUAUUGGUGUGCAUGGUCAGUUAACAGACUCGCGGUGUAUGAUAGAUGGACGCUUCGUGCUCAAGAUUACCGGUUUUGGACUCAACUGUUUGAAUGAAGCCGAAAUGCGGAAUGCGCGACUUGAAAGCGACAUGUUUUCACCGGAAUUGCUAUGGAUGGCGCCCGAACAUCUCCGCCUGUACCCAGCGAGCCGUCAGCGCUCACAGGCGGGAGACGUUUACAGUUUCGCCGUCAUUCUGUACGAGAUGUGCACGAGAGCCGAGCCGUUCACCGAGGAAUCUUGGUACACAUCAAUCGGCGACACACUGGAACGGAUCAAGAAUUGUGGCAUCAAGCCUUACCGGCCGAUAUUGAACGAGCAUGAGCAUAUACCGGAACUGGUGCAACUCGCUAACCAGUGUUGGGAAGAACUUCCGUCGGACAGACCAACGUUCCAGAAUGUGAGGAAAGUUCUGAGGAAAAUAAGAAUGACGAGAAACAACGGCGCGUCAAAGAACGUUCUGGACGUGCUGCUACAGCGCAUGGAGCAAUACGCCACUAACCUAGAAGGCAUGGUCGAGGAGAAAACACAGGCGUUCCUAGAGGAGAAGAAACGUUCAGAGGAGCUGCUUUAUAAGGUCCUGCCAAGAAGUGUGGCGGAUCAACUGCGGAUGGGACAUUCAGUAAACCCGGAAGCCUUCGAAUGUGUUACCAUCUACUUCAGUGAUAUCGUUGGUUUUACUACCAUAUCUGCUAACAGCACGCCCUUCCAGGUCGUUGAUUUGCUUAACGACCUAUACACAUGUUUCGAUGCCAUUAUUGAAAACUACGAUGUAUACAAGGUUGAAACAAUCGGCGACGCUUACAUGGUGGUAUCCGGACUCCCUGAACGCAACGGUAACGAGCAUGUUAGACAGAUUGCUCGGAUGUCCCUGGACAUACUCCACAGUGUGCGACAGUUCGUGAUUCGUCAUAAACCGGAUGAACAGCUUACGGCGCGUAUUGGAUUACACUCUGGCCCUGUCUGCGCAGGCGUGGUUGGACGGAAGAUGCCUAGGUACUGUCUAUUUGGAGACACCGUGAACACCGCCAGUCGCAUGGAGUCCAAUGGAAAAGCCAUGACAAUACAUAUCAGUGAAUCCACUAUGGAACUUCUUUUGCCAUUUGGCACUUUCACCAUAGAAGAGCGGGGAAUUAUCGAGGUCAAGGGAAAAGGGCGAGUGCGGACCUUCUGGCUUGAGAACGAGUCAGAAACUCAGGGGAAUUAAGGCAUGAAGUUGGAAACAGAAACAUCCCUUAGCGGUUACUCCUGUUUGGGUUAAUUGCAAAUAAUUUCGUUUUAAAAACGCUGGUGUUACACAUCUCAUACAUUCUCAUGGUGCUGUUUUUACUAAAUGGACUAUAAGAAAGCAUUUUUACAAUUUUAAUAGAAAUAGAACUAACAUAAAACACUAAACAUUAUGAUCGAAUGUUCAGUUGGUACACGCGUUAUUUUGACACAUGUCUAUUGUCCUUUGAAAUGUCAAGUUCAUGUUUGAUAAUCAGCUUUAAGUUUACUUCCAAAAAGUACAUAUUUCUAUGACUACUACAGAUACCCAAUUGAAAUUUGUCCACAUGUUUUCGUGAUUAUUAUGUAUGAUCUUUGAUAAAGGCCGAUAACUAUGACCCUCAAAUUAGAAGGAAUUAAGAAGCAAUUAAGCCCCUUAUUUAACUUAAAAACUCUUACUCAGAGAAAUAUUCCCAUCCAAAGCUGAUAUGAUGCUGCAUACUUAGCUGCGUGUUAACAUGCUGAUCUAGCUUAGAAUAACAUGGGUCAAGUUGGGUCGAGCACAAGAUCACUUUGGGCAAAAAUAGAUAUAACGUUUGCGCCCAAUUCAGUGAAUUCACUAUCAUGAGAAUAGAUGCAGUUAUUGAGUGUCAUUUUUAGUGUAGGUACCUUAUAUACAUACCUUUUUGCACAGCUACUUAAAUAACAUUUGUUAUUUAACAAUUUAAACUCCAGUUCCUGGACAUGGUAAUUAUUCUUGUUUAACUUUGCAAGUUGUUAUAUUUUAGUGAAUAUAUGCUAUAAAACUAUAGUUGCUUCAAACAUUCAACUUGAAUUAUACCUUUGUUGUCAAUAUAUAAUGUGAGUGAUAGAAAAUAUAAAUUAUACUAUCAAAGCGGGUGAAUAUUUGUACGUGCUAUCUAGAGACACAGGUGGUUAGCG